AUUUAGAACUUAGAAGAAGAGUUGAGCGUUGCAGGCAGUCAAAAGCAGAGUGAGAGCAGAGCAAAAGAAAAAGAGAAGGUGAGAGGUGGGUUGAAAUGGCGUCGGGAGCAGGCAAUGCCGGGGUGGAGUGGCACCAGAGGCCUCCAAACCCCAAAAACCCCAUCGUCUUCUUCGACAUCACCAUCGGCACCAUCCCCGCCGGUCGCAUCAAGAUGGAGCUCUUCUCCGACAUCGCCCCCAAAACCGCUGAAAAUUUCAGGCAGUUCUGCACUGGCGAGUACAGAAAAGCUGGAUUACCUGUUGGUUACAAGGGAUGCCAGUUCCACAGGGUCAUCAAAGAUUUCAUGAUUCAGGCUGGUGAUUUUGUCAAGGGUGAUGGUAGUGGAUGCGUUUCCAUCUAUGGAAGCAAGUUCGAGGAUGAAAAUUUUAUUGCUAAACACACUGGUCCUGGUCUCUUGUCAAUGGCAAAUAGUGGGCCAGGUACCAAUGGUUGUCAGUUCUUUAUCACAUGCUCGAAAUGUGACUGGCUUGACAACAAGCAUGUGGUAUUCGGGAGAGUUCUUGGAGAAGGCCUUUUGGUUGUGAGAAAGAUCGAGAACGUAGCCACUGGACCAAACAACCGGCCUAAACUGGCAUGUGUGAUUGCUGAAUGUGGAGAAAUGUAGAAGACGUCAGUUUUUAGUAGUCCUGUAUACAGAGUCAAAACCUGAUUAUGUUUCUCUCUUCUCAAAUCUAAAUAACAUUAUAAAUGCAAGAGCCUCUGGCUAAUGGAUUGAAGCUUAAUCAAAAUAUUGCCCUGCUUUUGGAUAGAUGGUUUGAACA